CAGACUGGAGAGAGCUAGGAUGGCCUGAGCGUGCGCGAUCGGCGUUGCCCGGGCAACGCCGGUGGUGCCGGUGGGCACCUAGCUGCGCCGGGCUGCCCGGGCCCUGCUCCGUCGGUUCCCGCCUCUCCACGUCUGACAGCCCGCGGCCCGCCACCGGGCCGCCGAGGACAGUGGAACCAUCCCUCAGAUGCCGAGAUGUUUCAUGGGACAAUCACAAAAGAGCUCACCAGCCAUGAAGAGUGGAGUCACUACAAUGAGAAUAUAAUAGAAGAUCAGAAGGACUUUGUAUUUGUAAAGUACAAUGGCCUCCACCUGAAGUCCAUGGAGAAUCUGCAGUCCUGCAUCUCUCUGAGAGUCUGCAUAUUCUCGAACAACUUCAUCACUGACAUCCAGCCCCUGCAGAGCUGCGUGAAGCUCAUUAAACUUGAUCUCCAUGGCAACCAGAUAAAGACUCUUCCAGAUCGAAAUUUUUGGGGUGGACUCAAGAACCUAAAACUCCUCUAUCUUCAUGACAAUGGUUUUGCCAAGCUGAAGAACAUCUGUGUGUUAGCCGCGUGUGCAAGUCUUAUAGGACUGACCAUGUUUGAUUGCCCGGUGAGUCUUAAGAAAGGCUACAGACAUGUUCUUGUCAAUAGUAUCUGGCCUCUCAAAGCCCUGGACCACCAUGUUAUAUCUGAUGAAGAAAUCAUUCAAAACUGGCAUCUUCCGGAGAGAUUUAAAACAUUCAACCACAGGCUAUUCUUUAACCUUUGCCCAGCAUUGAUAAAGGGUACUACCUAUGAGGAUGAAAUUAAUACUAUCAAACGUGUUAUUUCAAGGAUUAAUGGAAUUCUGGCUCAUAAUUCACCAGUGUUGAUUGUUCAAAGAUGGAUACGUGGUUUCAUAGUUAGGAAACACUUGAGACCAUAUUUUACACGUAAAAGGCCUCUGCAGAAAAUUAUUAAGGUACUUGAAACAAAAUGGAUCUGCGUAGAUGGAAGACAUGAAGACAAAUUUUUGGAGGAUAUCUUCCUUUUCAAGCCUGAAUCUAAUACAAAAGGGAAGGUUGCACACUGGAAACAAAUAAGAUAUAUUCCUGCCGACUUUAAAUACUCUCUUGAGUACAUAAAACACAUUUCCUGCCUUUCAAAUGAAUUGAAAACAAAAGAUAUUGACAGAAAACCAAAAACACCAAGACCUCCCACUCAUAAAGGUCAGAAGGAGUCUAAAUCUGACUUUGAGGAUGAAGAAGUGGACACUAACUUUAGGAUAUCUGCUGUGAAGUCUCCUUUAUAUUCCCCUAGAUCAUUCAAGUAUGGUGCAAUGUUGAGGGAGAUGAAGCGGGACUAUUUCCCGGAUUACCUCCAGCCCCUGCCUAGCACUCGUCCAAAGCCAGCAAUUGAAAGAGAGACUCUACAGCAGCUGAGGAAAAGGAGAGAGUUUUUAACCUCACAGAGGACAGGCAUAAAGCUCCACAUGCUUAAUGAUCUUGAUAAAUAUCACUCAGAACGAAAGCAUCAAGAAAAACAAUCAGAAAAAUCAACAGCCAUAGUUAAAGCACAAAUUGCCCAGGAAAAAGCUAGGCUCAACAUUAGAGAGAACUUAAGGAAGAAGACGUAUAUGGCACAAAAGCUAAUGGAAAAGGAUAAUGAGAAAAUCCAGAGAGGCUUACGGCAAAUUUGGAAGGAAAAACUUGCUUACCUUGAAAAAGUUAGAGAGCGGAAAACUACAUUUCUAGCUGAAAAGAAGCUAAAUGCUGCAGAUCAUUCUCUAGUGCAGACCAUCAGCAAUGAACGGUCCCUUCUGUUCAAAGGAAUCAUACAAGUUGACAGAAUGAAGCAAAACAUGGCCGACUUAAAACAGAAGUGUCAGAAUGUCAACAAGAAAUGGAAAACAGAAAAAUACAAGCAAAGUUUGAUGAGGCAGAUGAAGGAGCUCAGGGCUGAAGAAGUUCGUAAAAGACACUGUGAAGAGAAAUUUGUCAUCGAUACACUCAUCUUUCAAAAAGGCUGUGCACGGCUAGAGGAGGCUAAAGCGAAGGCUGACUUUAUUAGAACAUACUAUACCUCGAAGUCUCUUAAAAGAUAACCAGAAGGGACCAGUGCCAGCUCACACCCCAUGAUAAUUAUAAAUUUGGCCACUAUUUUUCUUUAAAGAGACUUGAAAGAAUAGUUGGAAGAUGGGCUCUACACAAGGUGGGUCUGGGUAUAAACGUGCUCAGGUUGAAAGAGAAAGGGGUUUCAAGUGCUUUUCAUACUGAUCAUAAUGCAAAUCUGGAAUCUUUAUGACUUUUCACUCGGAAAGGCUUUGUAUGUAUCUCUAUGUUUAAGAAGGAACCAAAACUAUGUGACAUCAUCCAUGAAGAAGACUCCUAAUGACUGCAGAGUU